AUGCAAAUGAGAGCCAAGGACAGCGACGAUGAGGACGAGGUGGUGACGGUGGACCGGGAUCACUUCAUGGACGAGUUCUUCGAGCAGGUCGAGGAGAUCCGGGGCUGCAUCGAGAAACUCUCGGAGGACGUGGAGCAGGUGAAGAAACAGCACAGCGCCAUCCUGGCGGCGCCAAAUCCUGACGAGAAGACCAAGCAGGAGCUCGAGGACCUCACGGCCGACAUCAAGAAAACGGCCAACAAAGUGCGCUCCAAGUUGAAAGCCAUCGAGCAGAGCAUCGAGCAGGAGGAGGGGCUCAAUCGCUCCUCGGCCGAUCUGCGCAUCCGCAAGACGCAGGUGAGGCCGAAGGCUUCGGCGUCGGCAUCGUCGUGA